CUUUGCAUACACGCGUGAAGUAAAAUAACUUAAUUAUGGAAUGAAAUCAACAGUAACAUUGAACAGGGAAAAAUCUCGAAAGUAAAAAGUUUAAAAGCAUCCAGCAGCCAAGCUUGCAUCUGACGUUCAGAAAAGUAACCUCGCGUAAUCAUCUUUGAUGGCAGUUUUGGUGAAAACUUGUUGCUGUGGCUGCAGUCUCCGUGCAGGUGUUAUGAUUCUCGGAUUCUUGGGUCUGGUAAGUUGCAGCAGUUAUUAAUCGUAUAACCACCUAAAAUAUCCUUCUGCUUUUCAUACCUUAGUAAUGGUAGUUCCGUACAAAUCGCGAACUUUAAGUUCUGGGAAAAGUAUACUUAGAGCAAAGAUUAACCACGUGGAAUAUCGUCAACGUCAACGCAGAGACAUAUGCGCUUUCUGAAAUUUCAGGACGACUGAGCAACUGACAUUGCAAACUUCAUACUUUCAUUCAGUCAAAAACGGGCAUUGUAGAAGAAAUUGUUUCACGGUAAAAUUAGAUGUUGCAGCUGCAACUACUACUUUGAAAUAAAGAAAUGAUCCUCUCUGGUGACCUGCUGAUAAAGAAAUCGCAGACCGAGAAAAGAAGCCGGAAAAACUUCAGGCUCCAACAGCAUUCGAAAGUGUACCUCUCAAAUACUAGUCAUUCACUGCCAUCAACUAAGCUACGAAACUUCAUGAGUGAAGCGAGGGAAAUUCUAUUGGGUUCUUAUUGGAUGACUUUCGGAAUUUUUGAAGCCAACUCGCUGCACCCCGCACUCAUAGCUCGAGAAUUCAAAACGUUCCUCUAUCACAGAAGGAUUUAAAAACGCAGUUUUACUAGUUACAAUUUUUUUUUUCAAAAUAUCUCAAGAAAAGAAACCGGAAAAAAUGAAAUCACGCACGAUUCGAAAGCAACACUUUCAGUUCACCUCAAACUGCACAGUGAAAUAACAUGUUAUAGAAACGUAUUCAUAGAGAAUUACACAUGGGCGCGCUUAGAUAUGGAAUCUCUUUUCUCGUAUUUAACUCCAUAGCUUAAUAGUGAUCGCACAGAAUGAGUGAGAUGUUACCGACUUUGUCCCUAGCGACAGAAGAAAUCUUUCAGGCACACAGCCAAAAGUGGCCUGUGGCAAAUAUUCCAGUUGUCGAUUUUCGUUCUCAGCCGCGAGAAAUACUGUUACCAAAGCUACUCUUCGUAUUUUUGUUUUCUUUCUCCUCUAGAAAGUUUGAACGUCGCUUUCGGUAAGCGGUGCGAAUUAUUCAUUGUUUUAGCAGUCAUAAUCUUAGAAAAAGUCUGAAAAACAAGCACGGAUUGAGAAUGGUGAAGGCUUUGCUACUCAUUCAUCAACCUGGCCGAGUGGCGCGAAAGGCGAGUGCAGUGUAAGCGGCUGAUUGGCGAUAUAAGACGCACGUGAAAAAAUAUCGUAUUCUUUCAGAAGCUUUUGGUGGUCACUUACCUAUUUUUUUUUGUCACACACCACGUGACAAACGUGUGAUAAAAAAUUACACGUCAUGAAAAAGAAAUUUAGCCAAGAGUUGGCAAACAGCACGUCCUAUCGUGACUAAAAUGAUAGUUAUUCAAUGAACGAUGUGUAGGGGCAUAUUUCAAGUGAACAUUACCAGUUUAUCCCUCAAUCGCUUAAGAAAAGUCUAUGUGACUGAUGGAAAUAGUUAAAUAUGUCAUUUUAUCUUGUUAUUUUCGGUUUCCUUGUGCCUAAGGGAGCUGGGAUCACAAACAAUCAUCUGGAACAUUCUUUGCGAUACACACAUUGCCGGUCUUUGAUCAUCCUUAUCACUUAAGACAUAUAAUAUUAAGAAAAUCUGUCUAAAAUUUUCAAUUUGUAUACGACUCAUGUGAGUGGGAAAAAAAGGAAAGAAAACAUAAGGAAUAUCGAUUGAAUUGAAGAAUAUUGAUUGCAAAACCUGAGCGCCGAAGCAAGCACGUUUUUAAAGCAAGCGUAGCAAGUACAGUGACCCUGAUGUCAAUUAUUGAUAUUCCGCAAUAAAGACAAUUCUACGUUCUUAUAGUCACGGUAGUGAUAUCGUAUAUUAAGCAUUCAUGACAUUUUCAGUUCUAGAUUUUUCCCUUUUAUUCAAGGAAGGGGGGGGGGGAGAGGGAAGGCGGCAGGGGAGAGAUAUUGAGAGUUCGAAUUGAUCGGCGCACAAAUAUCUGCCGUCCAACUGUGUAACAUAGCCUCUUCCUUCCUCAUCACAAAUGACUCAAGUUAGUUUGAAAUUCAAACCUUCGCAUGUUUUUCUGGUGAAUUCAAAAGAGAGCAAUCUAUAUUUGCGGUGGUAUAUAAAAAUCUGAUCUGUAGUUGCGUUUCUUUUUUAUAUUUCAGAUUGGAUCAGCUUAUUCAAUUUAUCAACACAGUCAGUCCAUCAAAGUUGACAAGUAUGUAGGGGAGAACGCUGACGAAAUCAGCCAAGAUUUACCUUUCAGCAAAAAGCAUCUCCUGGGUAUUACAGUUUACUUCUGUCUUGUUCCAAAGAAACCUGUUAGAAAGAACACGUGGUUAGCUAGGACGAAAAUAUUUUCAUUUGUGAGAUUAUACGUGGAAUAGCGUGGGUUUUUUUUUUAGUGACUCUGAUAUAUAUUUUACUUUGGUUCCUGAUCGUGUGUAAAAAUGAAAGUUCCACCAAUAAUUUUUUAAAAAUGUUUAAACCUUUUUUCUGCAAAACGAACCGUCCUAACCAGACAAUGUUCUCUCUAAUUUUCUGAUUAUUUUUUAAUUGAUUAAUAGAUUGAUGUACUUUUUUUUUUUUUAAUGAUCAUCUCUAAAUAUAGCGAUCGUCAUAUUGACUUAUGUUUCCCUGGUAUUCGGAGUCAUCUCACUGUUGGUGAACCUGUUGCUUCUGGGAUCCUGUAGCUCAGUAAGUCCAACGCACUAAUUCUAAGCACGUAACUUAAAAAGAAUUUGAGAAGAUUAAAGAUUAUGGUAAAAUUUGUCUUAGUGGUACACAAUAAUUCUUAUUUUGGAAAUUUAAAACUAGCGGGUAGAUUAUGCGAUGAAAACGGCUUUUCUAAGUCAAAAUUUCAUUAAUUAAGGUUUUGCUUCGCUGAAUAGUUUUUGUAAGUUUGUUUGUUUGUUUUUUCUCUCAUUUUUAUGCAUUACGUGAACGAUAGUCUCUAUUUGGCCGAAAAUAUGCACGGAUACUCGUCAGUAAACAUGAUCUCUUCCGUAAGGGAAACUGUGAGCCUCGAGGGAUAGAUAAUUCCAAGGACAAAUGUACGAGCAUAUUUUGGCGCUGAACGGAGGAUGUUGUGUUUACUAUCAUCAAAAUAUGUUUUGCAACUUUCAACGCACGGGAAAAUGUAACAAUACGUAAACACUCUUUCGUGUUGAAUUCAAUUAUGAAUAAACGCCUUCAUAGUCCUUGAUGUACGGUUUGAAAAAUGGGGAGUAUUACGAUCCUAUGAUGCGUUUAGACUAAUCACGCGCCAGAAAAGCUUUGAUAGUUGUGUAUUCGAAUGAUUAUCUCACAUUAAUUCAAUACUAAAAAAAAAAAAAAAGAGAAAAAUGUUUAUAUGACCGCAAAACACAAAUCGUGAAAUUUGCGGUUUUCGCUUCAAAUCACCGAUUUUUCUUUUUGACUCGACCCAGACAGUUGCAGCUCGGAGCGUUGGCUUUUUAUCUAAUUAUUUGUUAGUUUAUUGACCAUCGUUCUUUGUCGUCGCAGAGUGACAAGCGUUUGGCGUUUCCUUGGCUCGGGUGGAGCAUAUUCAAGCUCUUUUUCAGUUUUGGAGUGUUUAUAUUUUACAUUGACAUCUGGGAUGGGGUAAAUAAAAACAACUUUUUAUUUCCUUUUUAUUAAUUAAUAGUAGAGAGUUUUUCAACGAAUUUAACCUGAAUUCUUUUUCCUUCUAUGUUACAGUUUGCCGACGUUUUCAUUGUUUACAUCAUUGAAUGGUUGCUGUUGGUAUGUUCAGAGCAAUUUUUGUUUCAGGGUGGAAGGAGAUUCGAGAUUGCAUUGAUUUUGUCUUACUUCGCUCUUUGAUUUGAGAAAACUCACGCCACUAACCAAACAGAUGCAAAAUUAAAACCAAUCACGACUUGGUCGCCUGCGUUUUCCCGCGCUUUAGUCACUCUAGUUGUUUUUUACUUUGAAUUCUCGCUGCCUCUUCAAGGCAUUUUUCUUUUUUCUGAUUUGCUGUCGUGAUUACUUUAUUUUGGUUUAAUCACACUUAGUCGAAAAGCGGUAUAUUCUCCGACUCGAUCAACUGUAUACUCCUAACUUGAUGGUGGCCUGGGUCUGACCUCUUUGCUUCCUUUCCUUUUUUUUUCUUUUCUAAGAUCUACUUCAUCAUAGUGGUGUAUUCGUAUAUCGAAGCCCUUCGUCAAGAUCCUUCGGGAACGAGUGCAGGAUUUUCUCCCCCUCUGACAGGCGGUAACCAAACCCAUAGGGUAAUUACAUUUUCACUGUUGUAAUGCUACAUGACUUGGAAGUCAAAUUCGCCAUGAAUAUUUUUGUUUUACCGUGCAAAAAUACACUACGAUGGCAGAUCUAGUAGACUAGCAUGUUAUUUAAGAGCAAAGGUGGUCGAACUUCGACGCGAACGAUUGAGAUUUUUUUUUCAGCAAUUAACGAUCCAAUUCAAUCAAUCAAAAACUUUAUUCUCGUCCAUUUAUUCUAUUUGCGAAUGAAAUUAAGUAAACCAAUGACCAUUUUGUAACCUGUGAGAAAGCAACAAAGCCUACUAGAGUUGGAGCCUUCCAGCAAGGCGAGAACGCAAGAGGUUUAUUAGAGUGCUGCUCGAGAACCUCUCUUGCGCAAGCGCACUCACAUCGUUCGCCGGCUCAAAAGGCGCGGUCCUUGCCUCUCGUGUGUCACACUACCAAUUAGGGCAUGCUCGAAAGUUGAUCACAUAGUGAAACUAUAUAUAUAUCUACAUAUGUAAAGUGAGCCCAGUUUUAAUGAUUUAUUGAAGUAGUUUUGUUCAUCAUUUAACAGGCUGGAAUGGAAUGCCCUCCAUACGUAGAACUCCAGAGCGACUCUGUGUAAACUCAGCAGAACAUUGUAAAAGUGAAAUGGCUGAUACGUUUUGCAUCAUGGUAAAACGAUUAACUUUUGUUAGGAGCCCUAGAAUUAACUGCUUUUUGGUAAAAUUGUUAACUUUUGUAUGCUUCAUAGAAUAAAGCCUUAGAAAAACAC